GUAGGUUUGAGUAUACGGAGUCGUUUGAUGUACCCGCCAAGGAUGUGCUGCUUAGAUUACAGCAAUUGGCGACGAAGUAUAAAGUGGUGUUGUGAUUUAGACAGAAAUAUAUAAGGUACAAGCCAUUUAUGGCUGAAGUUAAAGAUUACGCGUGUCAUCGAGCGGGAGAGCCUGUGUCCUCGAAGAAAUCGAAGAUAUUAAAGAGGGAGCCUUACGCGUCAAAAAGGUGUGGGUGUGGGUUUCGUAUAAGGGCGAUAGUUCCUAUAUCAAAUUAUAAUGAGAAGAUAAGACAUUUGUCUAUCAGGAGGAAGGGACAGCAGUAUUUAAGUUGUAUGUGGUACACUCGGGGCAUGAACCUGGCCCUUUGGAUGGGAAUGCAAGAAUAAUGCAUCGAGUUGUUGGGCAUAAAGGAGGGUUUUUGAUGGAUCAGGAAACAGUGUAUGGGAUGGGCGAUGAAGCAGAAAAUGGAGAUUUUGGGUUCCUUGGGAAGGACGGUGGAGAUCUGCAACAUUCGAUUUUGCAGCAAAUUCAGGAAGCGAGGAAUGAGAUUGACCUACUUGAGGGCCAGAUCGGGAGAGUUCCUCAGGAGUUAUUGUGCUCGGUGUCUCGUGAAUUGUUUGAUUUUGUGAAUAAGCUUAGGAAUGUGAGAGAAUAUGGAUCAAAGUCAGCUGGAUUGCUCUCGGAUAAGCCGAUCUCAGAUGAUCUACUGGUAGGGGAAAAUGAUUUGGCAGAUUGGGGUGCGCAUCAUCAUCGUAUUUUUGAGGACGGCAAGGAUGCAGAGCUCAUCGAUGAAGAUGAAGACAGCUUUGGGAGAACGCUUGGGGAGGUUGCAUCUUGGGAUCAGAUAAGGUCAGAUUGUAGGAAUGAGAAGGAUCUGCUGGGUGAGUCUUGUAAAUCAGAGAAACCAUUGGAAUGCAAUGAAUUUGAUCAGAAGCGCAUUCUUGACUGUGGGAAUUCUAAACUGACCAAGCCCUUAAGGCAUGAUGACAGUAUAGAUACAGAUGUAGGUUUCGUUGUAGAGAACUUCUACCCAGAGAACCCUAAAUGGUUUGAUUCUCCCUGUGAACUGGACUCGCACACAGAUUGUGUUGACAGCGGAUUCAAGCCUGGGGAGAUUGUUUAGAGAUCUUACAGCUGGUGACCCACUCUAACUUAAUUUGAGUCUUCUUUGCUCCAUUUUUCAUGCCAUAAUGUUAGAGGUGGGUUGUAUAUUUGUGUAAACAAAAGGUUGAAAUAUCUGGCAGCCUCUUUGUUGUCUUUGCUGUUGUAUUUCUGUAAAGUACAGCCUGUGGGCUUCUUUGCACAUAGAUUAGAUAGUUACUUGACUUGUCAUAAAUUUUCAAAACUUAAACCUGGUUUCCAUAUCUGAGUUAGUGAUUACCUUUAUUAUCGCAUAUGUUUCUGCUCUAUUGAUUCUAUUUCUGAGAUGCAUAUAGCUGAUAAUUACUGCUGAAUCUACCCGUGCUUCUGUUUUGUCAUUAUAAUUAUCCUAAAACAAUUACUUUAUGCAGUCUCUUAGGGAAAAGUUGGAGUUCUCAUCUCAUCAAAAAAAAAAAAAAGUUGGAGUUCUAUAAACAUAUAACUAAACCAUCUUGCAUGUAAUCUGUAGCGUUGUAGAUGGCAUUAAACAUAAUUUGGGAUGUUCUGGAAUGGAAGAACGUCACAUAAAUAUGAAAAAGAAAAUCUAAUUAAUACUGUAGAUUAUAGGAGGCUUGUUACAUAAUACCUUUUGCCUUCAAGAAGCAUUACCUGGGAUAUGAAUUGUGAAGACUUGUUAAUCUCGUUUGAUUAUCAGCGACACUACUCUAGUCUAGUUUGUAUAGGGAUCCAGGACAGGGCCAGGAUCGAUAACUGACCUACUUCCUUGGACCAUCCUGUGGGGUGAGCAAUGCUGGCGGUUCUCGUCCUGUUCCUACUGCACAAACCAGUGAGUGCUCUUAAAACCAUUGCUACUGUGACUAUGGAUGGUGAGUUUUUUCUUAAACACUUCUGGAAAUAUUGUUCCUAUUACCGGAAUGCAAAAGAUAAGCAUGAUGUCUAUGAAUGCACUCUGUUGAAGGUGGUUUGUUUAACAAUUUAGAUAGAAUUUGCAAACCUAUCUCCAGUUGUAAUAACGUUUGAUAGGCAAGGAUUUCUUUUUUAUGGAAGAUUGGAGUUCUUUGAAGAUGUCGCAAUAUUUUUAAAAAUAGCAUAAUUAUUUUUAGAAGGGUUGAGCUAAGUGCUCCUCCAACUGGUUGUUCUCCUUAGAAGCAUGAUUACUUUUUUUUUUUUUUUUUUUUUUGCAUAGUAGUGAGGUCUUGAUGAUUUCAUUGAAUUAGUUGUCUAAUACCCGUUAGUUUUAGACUCACAUUUCUCUUUCAGUCAUGCUAAAACCGAAAGUAUCCUUCUUAUUUCCCCUAACAUGCAUACUUAUCCCAAAAAGAAAGAAAAAAGAUCAAGUAUAUAAAUUUUGACUUCUUCUUUGCGAACUAUUGAUGCUAACUAAAGAAUGAGGACGGUGAUAAUUUGAAUAUUUAAAUAACGAGCAAGAUUGACUAAAUCUGUUUUUAUUAGCUGUAUUAAUUUAGGAUUAAGAUGAUCUCUUUAACAAACUCUCCCUUGUGUUUAUUUAAGAAUGUAAUCCGAAGUGGUCGUUAUGCCUGUCUCUUCCAUAUUUAUGAAUAUUUAUACAUUGUCAUAAGCAAUUGGUGGGUAGUAUUGAAGGAAAAGCCUAGAAGACCAUAAGUUGUUAUUGGUUCGAAAUCCUGUGAAUUAAUAGAGUGACUAAGUAUACGUGGAUAAUAUGGGAGAAGAUUCUUAUUGAUUGUUUCAAUAGAUUAAUAUGAACAUUGUGACUAAUGAGCCGUCCCAUCGUAAAACCAGUUGCUGCUGAUACCUCCUUCUCUUUUCCUUCUUCCACAACUAGAGCUUGGAGAUUAACAAAAUUGUUGGAGAAUGUGGCAAAAAGUUCUAGGUCUUCAUUUAUUUUUAUUUCUUCCUUUUUGAUGAAGGUGGCAAAAGCUUCUAGUUGGAGAUGGCAAUUUGGAUCUCUAUGAAGUCACAAUUUCUUUGAAUUGUUGAUGACCUUAAUGUUAGAUGUACGAAUGAUGGAUUAUAUUUCUGAGUGAGAUUGAACAGGGGUACAUGAAAUGAUACUAUUCAAUGGUUUGAAAUCAUCAUGUAAAUAGAUGUCUGUAGUUUAUUCUCUUGAGGAUAACUCAACAAGCUUUGACCAAAAAAAUAAAAAUAAAAUUCAACUAGCUAAUCAACUCAUAUUGAUUGGAAAAAGAAGGAUAGACCUCUAGCUUAUUCAGGAUUUGUUUUGGUCAAGUUCUAGUUUGACCUGUUUGCUCUAAAAUCUAAGUCCUAUUUCAGAAAGAAGGGAAAUUUUGGAUAAGAUGAUACUGUUAAUGUUCAUUCAGUACAUAUGAUUGUAUAUCCUGAUCUUGUUUCUGUGUUAUGAUAUAAUAAUAACAGGAUAUGCAAGCCUCGUUGAUAUUUUGGGAAUCAGUAAAAUGAACCCAAUUUAGGUAAGAACUCUUUGUUUUCUUGAAAGAUGAGUCUCAAUCUAAGUACAGAGUAUUUAAAAUAGUGUUACUGAUUUGAAUUCCUGUUACAUUGAUAUCUAUGAAGAGAUAUGUUUUUGCCUAGAUACUAAAAUCACUAGGAUUCUUUUUGGAAAGUUUGCAAAAUUAAAUGCCGUCAAUCUCUAAACUUUGGACACAUUUUUGGAUUUUUUUUUUAAAGCCACUAAUAAUGCUAAUGAUCAAAUCCAUUAGGCAUCCCUGUUGUGAAAGCAAUCUGUGAAUAUAUGACCAUACAACUUUAAUAAGUUGUGACGGUGUGGUUGAGAUUCUCUUGCAUUUAUCGUGUAUGUUGCUGCUCCAUUGAUUUUAUUUCUGAGAUGCAUAUAGCUGAUAAUUUACUACUGAAUCUACCUGCGCUUCUGUUUCGGCAUUAUAAUUAUUCUAAAACAAUUUCUAUAUGCAGUCUCUUACGGAAAAGUUGGAGUUCUAUAAACACAUUACUAAACCAUCAUGCAUGUAUUUGUAGCGUUGUAUAAACAAAUUUUGGGAAGUUCAGGAAAGGAAAAGUGUCACAUAAAUAGGAAAAGAAUAAUAGCUAAUCAAUACUGUAGAUUAUGGGAUACUUGUUCACAAUACCUUUUGGCUUCAAGAAGCAUUACCUUAUUUGUUCAUACUCCGUACUUUGUUAGUAUACCUAGGAUAUGAAUUGUGAAGGCUUGUUAAUCUCUUUUAAUUAUCAGCAACGCUACUCUGUUUUUCAACAAACUUUGACCAAAAAAAAAAAAAACUCGACUUGCGCUAAUCAAAUCAUCUUGAUGUGGAAAAAGAAUGAAGAAGGCAAGGAUAAAAAUCUUAGUGUUCUGCUCUAAAUCUAAGUCCCAUUUCAGAAACAAGGGAAAUUUUGGAUAAGAUGAGCUGUGUAAUGUUCAUUCAGUACACAUGAUUGUGUAUCCUGAUCUUGUUUAUGUGCUAUGAUACAAUAAUAACUGGCAUGUAAACCUCGUUGAUAUUUGGGAAUCAGUAAAACUAACCCAAUUUAGUAAGAACUCUUUGUUUUCUUGAAAGAUGAGUCUCAAUCUAAGUACAGAGUAUGUAAAAUAGUGUUACUUAUUUAAAUUCCUGAUAUAUCGAUAUCAAUGAACAGAUAUGUUUUGACUAUAUACUAAAAUCACUAGGAUUCUUUUUGGAAAGUUUUGGCAAAAUUAAAUGCCGUCAAUCUCUAAACUUUGGACACAUUUUUGGAAUCUCUUUUAAAGCCAUUAAUAAUAAUAAUGAUCAAAUCCUUUAGGCAUCCCUGGUGUGAAAGCAAUCUGUGAAUAUCUGAUUUGUCAUACAACUUUAAUAAGUUUUGACGGUGUGGUUGAAAUUCUCGUGCCAUUGGUGCUCGAGAGAUUUUUAUUGGUUUGCUUCUAAAAAAAAAAUCCUUUCCAGUCAACUCUUGACUUAGUUCCAGAUUUGCUAUUGUGGAAAAUGGAAAUGACAGAUCUUCCUACUGAAGUUGUUUUUGCUUAAGAAAGAAACAAUCAAUGUGUUCACACUACUGAGCACAAGUUGCUAAGUUUAGCCUCGAGUUCUGAAUGCAGUCGUGUGGUGAGGACCUAUUAAGCUGCUAGCAAACAUGGAAAGUAUGAAGGUUUAUUGUUGAAGAACUAGUUUGUGGCAUAUAUCUUAAAUUGGACAUACAGUUGAUGAAUAGAAAGCUUAUGGGAAUUUGUCAUUGUAAUUUUCAGUUCAACCAUAAAAGUUAUCCUCACAUAUACCUGUAAUUGUUUCCUAAUUUUUCUUAAUUACGUGUAUAGCAUCUGAGAAGGGGAGCCUUGGCAUAACUGGUAAAGUUGCUACCAUGUGACCUGGACGUCAUGGGUUCAAGCCGUGAAAACAGUCUCUUGCAGAAAUGCAAGGUAAGGCUACGUACAAUAGAUCCUUGUGGUCCGGCCCUUCUCCGGACCCCGCGCAUAGCGGGAGCUUAGUCAUCGGGCUGCCCUUUUUACGUGUAUAGCAUCUGAAAAUGAAAAUGAUGGGUAAAAGACAAUUGAAGUUCAUUUAAGAUUUCCUUGAAUGUGUGUUGGCCACCUCCCUUUACAUACAAAGAGCUUAUGGAAUUUUUUCUGUUCAUUACUUUUCUUCUUUCUAUUUGAAUUGUUGGAAUAACGAUUUUUGGUCUUAGAAAAAUGUAUUUGUAUGUCUAAAGAAGGCUGAUGUUUGCUCUUUUUUUUUUUUUUUUAAAGGAUAAAAUUAACGUCUUGAUUGUUAUUUUCCCCUGGUGGACCUUGUUACAUCAUCCCUUAUUACCUGUGAGGUAUUUCCCCACUUAUCCACAUUUUUGUUAGUACAGUUCCACAUAUGCACAUAUCUAAAUGAAGGCUUUAAAGUUAAUACAUUCAUCCUCUUGACAAAAACAUGAGCGAAAGCGAAAGGCUUAUCUAUCAUUAACUUAUUGAGCUUCUUUGGGUCUCAAGGUCCUUCAUCAACACAUAUUUGUAUCUUCUUUUUUACUGUACUUCUGUAACUCUUAUAAUUACUUGUGAUGUGGUAGACAAAUUAAACAGUUAACCUAUGAAAUUAGAAUCAAGAUAAAUGCCUCUGCCUGUUUUGGCUUCUUUUUCAAGUUAUGGCACAUCCUGUUAAUUUGGUUUUCCAUGUGUCUAGUAGAGUAGGUGUUUGUAUCCUAAGCUUAGAACAGAUAGCCCAUUAUGGAUCUUGGAAAUUGGAGCAGACUAGUUUUUCUGGCGCUGGGUGAUUUUUUUUGAUGAGAUGUUCAAGAGAGUUUAUGGCUAGCUCCCAUACGGAAGCCGUCACAGGCGGACGCAAGGACAUCGAUAGCAAAAUGUUGGCAGGCUGCUAUUUUGAAGAAAACAAGCUUUUGAAAAGUACCAAACAGUUCAACUUUAUCUUCUGGAUAUGGAUUGAUUUAUCUUCAAAGCAUCUUUUGUGUCUUUCUUCCCA